UCGUGACGGAAAUUUAUGAAAUUAAUUUAUUUUAAAUACACUUUUAAGCGUGAUCGUUCGCCGCAAAAUUCGGUUGAAGUGAAAAACAAUAGAAACAAAUAAAAAAAAUUGCGAAGAGCUCAGUAGUCAACAAUUACCCUAGUUAACGCAGUUUUAGCCAACUAUUUUUUUAUAUUGAUUAAAUUCAUUGUUGUAGACACACGCACACACACACGCAUAGGCACGCGGAAAGGAGAAGAGCAACAAAUUGUGUCUGGCGCGCAAAUAGACACACAAAUAGCACUAACAAUUGAUUAAUUGCCUAGACUCUAAAUGAGUCAAUCGUGAAUUAAAAUCGGAUUUAGAAGGCUUAUUAAUUUUUCCUUCUUCAACUCGGGCUUACGUACAUCGUGUCAAAGCCAGAAUGUCUUACUGCAGUGGUGUGGCCCUCUCCGCCGACGAGGGGAUUACAAUGCGCAAUGGCAGGGCAAAGGCGCUCCAGGAACACUCCCCGGAUCAGGUGGCUACUCCACUGUUGCCACAGGUGCCGCCACAGGAGCAACAAGAUCUUAAUCAACAGCAACAACAACAGGCCACUCCGCAAAAGCAGGCCAUGUCCGCAGACGAGAAGAAGGCCACGAAGAAGUCCCUGGUCAUCGUAGCGGGCAUUUUUGUGGCCAGCUUGGUUACCAUGUGCUAUGUGUACGCCAUAUUCCCCGAGCUCAACGCAUCGGAGAAACAACACUUGAAAAUUCCACGUGAUAUCCAAGAUGCUAAGAUGCUAGCCAAGGUCCUUGAUCGCUACAAGGACAUGUACUACUUCGAAGUGAUGUUCGGCGUGGUGGUCGCCUACGUAUUCCUGCAAACAUUCGCCAUUCCCGGAUCGCUGUUCCUUUCGAUUCUGCUGGGAUUCCUGUACAAGUUUCCGAUCGCCCUGUUCCUCAUCUGCUUCUGUUCGGCGCUGGGCGCCACCCUAUGCUAUACACUUUCCAAUCUGGUCGGACGUCGUCUGAUCCGUCACUUCUGGCCGAAGAAGACAAGCGAGUGGUCGAAGCACGUCGAGGAGUACCGGGACAGUUUGUUCAACUACAUGCUAUUCCUGCGCAUGACACCGAUCCUACCCAAUUGGUUCAUCAACCUGGCAUCGCCGGUCAUCGGUGUGCCGCUGCACAUCUUCGCAUUGGGUACCUUCUGCGGCGUAGCACCACCUUCGGUGAUCGCCAUCCAGGCGGGCAAGACGCUCCAGAAGAUGACCAGUUCGAGUGAGGCUUUCUCCUGGACCUCGAUGGGCAUCCUGAUGGCCUGCGCCUGUGCAUCCUUGCUGCCCGGUCUACUCAAGAACAAGUUUAAGCACAAGAAGGAGGCGUAAGCUGGCCGGAGAAUGUGUCCGAAAUAUAUUUAUAUAUAUAUGCUAUUCCCCAAACCGAAACCAAAACAAACCGAAAAAAAAAAUUAAUUGUAAUUUAUACACUACGCCAGAAACAACACACAAACCGAGUCUUUUUUGUUUGUACAUUUUUUUUCGGAAUGCCACUUUGGGUCUCGAUCCACUAUGUUUAAGACAACUACAAAUUAUCUAUGUUUAUCCUAUUAUAAAAAUUAUAAAUGUUUUCUGAACUUAUUCUUACCAAACAACUUUUGCAUCAUAUAUUUCCAUCAAUCGUUUUUAAGUUAGUGAAUUUUUGUUUAGUGCUAUUGCAGUAUUUACUAGAAAAGUUCUCCUCUAAGUGAAUCGAGUUAGCAGAAAUCCAUUGAAUAUUACGCAGCGUAUGUAAGUUAAAAGAUGAUUAAAGUAUGUAUGUGUCUGCAAGUAAAUGUUAAAAAAAUACAAA